AAAAAUUUGGUUGGAUAUGUUCUGAUUAGCCCAGAAAGUGACUCCAUUUGCAGCAUUUUUCUUAUUCCUCAGUCAGCACAACUGAAUCUCUUGCCGCUGACAGCAAAACAAAGCAUUACCAACCUCUUCUCAGCUGUCACUGGCUGCAGCUCCUAUUCUAUUACCAUCUGAUAAUGCCUCUUGCCCCUCUAUCAUGUCGCCAUAUCGUCGAUUAUCGUCAACUCUCUCCUCUUCAACCACUCUUCUGGAUAGACCAACGGGUAAACUUCAACAUCACCCUCGUCUUCCUCAUCGCCCAUGACCACCUUGCAACCCUCCCUGGCUCCUCUAGCUCGUCGCAGAAUUGCGCUGGCAGGCCCUAAACUCCGUGACAGUUGCAACAGCUGUGCUGCGUCCAAGAUCAAAUGUACCAAGGAGAAACCAACAUGCGCUCGCUGCGCAAAACGAGGCAUCGCGUGUCGCUAUUUCGAGACCAAACGAGCUGGUCGCAAGCAAGGCAGUCGUCAGCCGAGUAAUCCGCCUGUCUCUUUUCCUGCUCAAGUCGCCCAGCAUGCGGUUUCCGGCAGGACGUCGUCAGACCAUGACUUGCUGGCUUCUCCCGGUGUGCUGCAGUUGUCUACUCGACCACCGUCGGUGGGCUAUCCGGAUAUCUUUUCGGAUGCUCCUUCGUUGGUUGAUCCGUCGAAGACGAUGACAACCCCUCCUACCACGUUCGAUGGCCAUUUUGAGGACUUUCUGGCUGCUUCGUCGAUUCCGUUCUCCGUGGUCGAUAUACCCGAUGCGAGCGAUCUGCCUGAUUCUUACCAUUUCAACGACCCGGCUCAGAUUGGCAGCUUGCUUGAUCUCGAUAAGACGACCCCUCUUCUUACGCCUGAUAAUGCCUCUUCGUCCAUGGAGACUGCGGUGUUUCCCGAGUCUCGCCCGUCUUCCUCCGCACUACCCCAGGAAAUACUGGACAGCAGACGACCGUCCAUCAUCGGCGGGCUCGAUUCAAGACCAACAGGUUCCUUCCUGGGUCGUGCCCUUAAUCUUCUAAAACAACUUCCCUCGCCAGCAUCGACAUCCCAUGUUUCCAGGGGACAGGGUUUCGAGAACCACCCCCCGACCAUCCAAUCCGUCAUCAACGACAACGAACAGACUGUCCAGGCGGUUAGCGAUAUACUCGAAUACCAAUCCGCCCAUGACGGAUAUCUCCUCGCCAUUCUGUCGAUUAUCAUUCUUAAAGUCUUGGGCUGGUACGCCGCCGUGGUACGGCAAACGCCCGGUCUUGACCACCACCCCGAACAUGGACGACGGUCUCCCACUAUGGUGGAUAAUAACUACUGCGUAGAUGACGAGGAUCAGGGCCGUAUGGCUGCACAGCAGGUUCUCAGCAAACUCCACCGCAUACAGCGGGUGAUUAAUAUCCUGUCCCAACGCUUCAAAGCCCUCAGGGGACACGGUGAACCCCCGAAUUCCUCAUCCUCCUCGUCCGACAGCUUUGACAUCUUCUCGAAUACGGAGAGCUUGUUUCCCUUUUCAAAUUCCAUAUUGGAGCAGUUUGAGGUUGACCUCCGCAAUCGUCUCCGUAACUUGUCAUCGGAGACGGUGGACAUUCUCAGCCAGGGGUGAUAUGGUCACGCUUCUUCAUCAUUCUUUUUUUUUUGUUUCCUCUUUUCCCGCCCAGACAAGGGCAGGCGUUGAGGUCUACGAGUUCCACGGUCGAUUUUCCUUUCAUAGAUGUACAUACUGCCUAGGGCAGCACUUUUUUCUUUUUUUUUUCUUUACAUAAAAUAUAAACCCAACAUGUCCGCCAUUCUACGAUGAACUGGCAGGGAUAGACGCAGUGAAGCAAUAUCAAUCAACAGCAA